AAAGGAAAGAAGAGAGUGAGGGAGUCUUCUUCUAAACGAUUCGAGCGCGCAACCCCCCCUCUCUCGCCACCGCGCAGCUUGCCGUCGACAACGCGGCCGAAAACCCGAAGUCACCGAUUCUCCCUUUGUCUCACCGAUAUUUCUCUCUUCUCUUAUCGACCAUCACCGUCCAUUUAUCGGAGUACGUUCGACGCAUUUGCCACCGUCAAACUCGAGGUCGGAUCUGUCUCCCUCUGCUAGUUCGUCUUCCUCACAAAUCGUGCCAUUCAAAAUCAUCAAACGUCGAUUUUUCGCUAAGUCUAGAAGUUUUGGUUGGAAUUUGGAUCAUUGUUAGCAAGCAUGGUUCCCAUCCUUUUGAGUGGAUUACGAGAGGGGUUAAAGGCACUUUCCGAAAUCCUUGGAAGGAUAUUUCAAUCGAGCUCCCUACUUUUUCUCGGUUUGUUCUUGUUUCUUGGGGGAUGGUUGAAUGGAAGAAUCAGAAAAACGAAGGGAAAGGCUGAGAGCAAUGCGAAUGGAAGCUGCUCAGGCCGAUGUAGUUAAUUAUAUCGAAACUUCUCUACCUAAUCAUCUGUCUAAUCCAUUGAUUGAGUCCUCAGCUACCAUGGUAGGGCAAUUAGCACCAUGUACAGCCCCAAGAUUUGACUAUUACACAAAUCCUAUGGCUGCAUUUUCUACUAGCAAGAAGAAAGGGAAGAUUGAGAAUCAACCCGUGUCUGAUACUUUCGUUCCUUACCACCACAACACUUCUUCAACAACUUAUUUACCACCAACUUUUCCAGGAUUGAGAAACCCUGAAAUGUCACCCUCUUCUACUCAUCAAUUCCAUCAAUAUUCACCUGACCAGAGAACGUUCUAUGCACGAGGUGAUAGUGAAGCUGGUGGCUAUGGUAGCCCAGGAAUGCCUAGACCUUAUGCUGUGAAUCAAGGAGAUCCACAUAUGUGGCGUGGACCGAGAAGGCCAUUUGUCAACCAGUUCCCUACCCAUCCACCGAGGGAGAUGAACUCCUCCAGCCAUGUAUCUGGACCAAGAGGUAACUCUUACACCAAUCCUACUCAAGACAGGGCUAAGUACCGUAGUUCUAGCCCUAACCCAGGGUUCCAUGGCAGUUUAAGUCCAGGUAGAGGCAGCCAUGGACAUCAUGGCAAUAUGACCCCUAGUCCAAGAUUUGGCUAUGGACGAGGUACUGGUUUUCAUGGUCGUCAUUCUUUAUUGGACAAAUAUGGACCAGAACAAUUUUACAAUGUCUCCAUGCUUGAAGAUCCCUGGAAGGUUCUGCAACCUUGUAUCUGGACGACAAUUGAUUCAUCGAGUAACUCUGCAAAACCUUCGGAAUCUUGGAUUUCCAAGUUUGGUACAAAGAAAGCAAGAGUUUCAGAUUCCUCUUCUGGCAGGUCUAGCUCUCAACAACCUAGCCUUGCCGAGUACCUGGCUGCCUCCUUCAAGGAAGCAAUCGAGGAUGCACCAAAUGCAUGAAACAUUUUAUUCAGGCAUUUCAUCCUUACAGUAGUACUUGAAUUCAGCAUUGUCGAAAUCCCAGCCUAAUUUUCCUCUAUAGACUGGUUUCAUGUUGUAAAUCUAUAGUGAUUAUUAUGACAGUUCUGUCUCUAUGUUAUGUUUAGUUAGUGAUGUUCUUUAUCUAUCUUGUUUAGGUUAUGUACAUGGAUUAAGCUUCUUUUUAAUUUUUGUUGUCAAAUGCUCUUCUUUGUUAAGAAUUUAAUAGGAAUGAGUUCUCAAUUCUCUUAUUUAAAUAGAUUGCCCUCUUUUUGACUA